AUGGAGUUCUGGGGCACGCUGCAGAAGUCCUUGGGUGGCGGCGCGGUACCAGCAGACUCGGAUGCGUACGUGAACAAGUUCUUCGACAACACGGCUGUGGAAGAGUCGUGGGCGAUCGAUGAAUGGACUGCCAAGUUGAAGCAGUUUGUCGCGGCGCAGCUCGCCGACGGUCGCCGCGUCGCGCUCGUCACGUGCGGAUCUGCGACGGUGCCGUUGUCCGGGGAUAGCGUGAUGGAUGCCGUGUCGUUUGGCGACCGAGGCGCGGCAAGUGCGGAACACUUCCUCCGCGCAGGGUACGCUGUGAUUUUCCUCCACCGACACGGGUCAUUGGCGCCGUUCUCGCGCCACUUUCAAUUGUACAUCCGGGACAACCGGUUCUUGUCCAUGCUGCGUGUCGACGACACGGACAAUUCGCUGCAUGUGGACCCCCCCAACGACGACCGCCACGCCCAAGACUUGUCGACAAUCUUGACAGAAGCCAAGGACACGAGCGCGCGCCUUGUGCAUGUCUCGUUCACGAGUGUGCAGCAAUACCUGUUCUACCUCCGCAUGGCGGCCUCAGUGAUCGACUCGGCAGCGUCGCGCGGGUUGAUUCUCUUGUCCGCGUCGGUUUUGGACUACUACGUCCCGUCAUCGAUCCCAUCGAUCCUCCCGUCCAUCCCAUCCACCCCGUCCACCGCCGCUUCACCACCACCACCACCGUCCUCGAACACGACCAAGAAGGAAUCAUCCUCCUACCUCACGUUGAACCUCGUGCGCAUUCCCAACCUGAUUGCGAAAAUCCGGCGGAAUUACGCGCCCAAAGCAUGCUUGGUCACGCUCAAGUCGGUGGCGGACAAGGGACGCCUGCAACGCGCCGCGUUUCGAGACAUCGAGCGGUGGGGCGUCGACGUAGUCGUGGCCGACUCGCCCAUGCUGCCCAACGAACUUGCGCUCAUUUCGCCGCAGGAAGAGUUUGUCGCGAGUCCGCACCUGGACGAAGACUGCCGCCACGUCGAGCUCGAAGUCGUGUGUGCCGCCAUGCUCGUCGAGAUCCAUCGCGCAUGGUCCACGCGGCGGCAGAUCCUCAAGCAAGGCAAGGCGCUGCUGCUCCUCACGGCCAAGUUCUCCAUGAUGAAGGAGAACGAUACCCUCAACGAGGACGCCAUGGGCAACAAGAACGUUCCGUUCAAGCGAGGAAUCCGCAUCUACACCGAGCGGCGCCACCGUCCCCCGAGUACGAGUCCCCCCCUGGUUCAAACCCCGUCCGACCCCAUGUACGAACUGGACGCGAUCUUCCAAACAAAGUCGCAUUGCGCGCGCGCACAUGUAUGGAAGCGCGUCGCCGACCACGACGACUCGAUCAAGGAGGUGAUGAUUGCGUUUAGCCCUGCUGGCACCCCCGAAACCAUCCGGAAUCUCUGGGGGGACCUCUGGAACGGCUGGGACGAGGGCGAGAUUGCCGACUUCAAAGAGCAGAUCGGCCACGUCACGCUGUCGUCGGCGCUGUACGGGCUCGCGCACGGGGUCACGGCCACCGUCGGAGGUGACUACUCCCACGCCCACGCGAUGCUCGGGUACAUUUACUCGAAACUCGGGUCGGCGUGGUCGGAAGGCGAGCAGACGCGGAUUCGGCAGUCGUUUGAGAACAUGGUGGCCGUGAAUUUCAACCGCGGGCUCGAUGCCGUCGACGACUUGAACGACAUUGACGAGCUUCGACAAGCCAAAGCCAUGGCGCAGUGUCUUGCGCCCCUCGUCCGGUCCAACACGAUGACAUCGCAGGAAGCGGCGUGGGUGCGCCAUGGCUGCCGCCGCCGCCCCAAGACCGACUCGUUCGACGUAGAUGCGUCCGACGAGGACACGGCGUGGACCGCCGCUGCCACCGUCCGCGUGCACAAAGCGAUCAAAGUAUACUUUGACGACAUGGUCGCCGACGGCAUCCUCGACGCCGUCCUGCCGUACGUCCAUGCUGGCUACACGAUCGACGUCACGGGGUACUCCAUGGGCGGCAUGCUCGGUCAAUUGUUCCUGCUCAAGCUGGGUGACCUGGCCUACCCCAAAGUGCCACUGGCGCACAUGAAGAACAUCCACGGCGUGUUCUUUGGCACCCCCCGCGUGGGGGACGCCGGGUUCGCGGCGCGGAUGAAGGUCCUGUAUGGCGGCGACCAGCUUUUGAACGUCAUGCAUCCGUUGGACACGGUGCACGCGUACCCGCCGACGUCCGAGGGGUACGCGGACGCGAUGCUCAAGGUAUUUUUGAAGGAGCAAAACGGCACCAACCGCCGGACGCCGUCGGCCUUCUCCGUGCUGCCGGUCACGCGCGCAAUGGACAAAUUGCUGGAGAAAGCAGCCAAACCUGCCCACACCAAUGCAUGCACGUUUUGCGACCGCAACGACCACCAGUCGGAACAGCAUCGGUGCCGGUACUGCACUCGACGCGGAGAUCACCGCGGGGACGCGUGCCCGCAUCGGAAGGACGGAUGCGCGCUGUGUGGGAACAAGGGCCACUCCACGGGCGAACAUCGCUGCAGCGUGUGCUCCCAGUUUGGCCACCGAGGACGGGAGUGCCACACCCAAGGCAACGUGGGCAUGGUCGAGCUGCUCGCGUACUUUCGGUUCCACCAUUACUUGUACUACAACACCAACCUCAAGCAGAACGUCGAAUUCUCAUCCGAGUGA